CCUCAUCAAAGAGUAUCCUAUUCCUAUCCACUGCCCGACCAGUUCCUCCACUCCCCUCCGGCUCAAGCCACCGCCGCCGCCGCCGGCGACUUCCUCUAGCCUGCUUGCUCUCCGCGAAAUCCAUGGCUGCGGCCGCGCAUUGUGCCAGGGCGACCAUGCGUUCCACGGCCUUCCAGUGCGCUGCUGCUACCGGGUACCGAACAGUCAAGCUUGCGCGCUGCAAGCGCUGCGUGUCGUCGGAGCAGAAAGGAAUUCGGCGCCUUGAUGGGUCAAUACAGCAUCGAGGGCUUGUUUCGCCCCGGCCAUCCUUCAGAACACUGGCUUGCACAGGACAACCGUCCGACGACAUGGAUGAACGAUGGGCCCAUAUUUGUUCUUCUGCACUUUCAGCCAAGCAGGGCGAUAUGAUGGGGCAAGUGCAAGACGAUUGUCCACCAUCAAAUGUGGAGUUAGGCAGUGCCUAUCCCGGUGGUUUGUCAGAGAAGGAAAUCGAAAGAAGACGAAAGAUUAGUGCUGCAAACAAGGGGAAGGCUCCCUGGACCAAAGGAAGGAAAUUAACCCAAGAGCACAGGCAGCGCAUCAAGCAGGGCACUAUCGAGGCUCUGAGAGAUCCCAAGGUUAAGAAGAAAAUGCUAGGACACCGUCAGUUGCAUAGACAAUCGAGCAAAGACAAAAUAAGCGCCGCGCUGAGAAAGGUAUGGGAGAGGAGAAUGAUUUCUGUCAGGUCAAGACAGAUGAUCCUUCGUAUAUGGUCAGAGAGUAUCGCUGAGGCAGCGAAAGAAGGUGACCACGGGCAAGAUAAGCUGGACUGGGACAGCUAUGACAAGAUACAGUCUGAGAUGAUGUCUGUGUUCCUUUGGAACAAAGAGAAAGAACGGGUAACCAAGAAGCUUAAAAGGGUGGUGACAAAAAUUGUUGCCAAGAAGCUUCAAGCAGCAGCGAAAAUGGAGCUACUGACUAAAAGAACAAAGAAGGCGAAACCUGAGAAGCUGGUGCUGCAAAAGUCAGAUGCUCAGCCGAGACGGGUGUUGGCAUCCACAAGACCGAAGCUUAAAGAGAGGCUGACCAAGUACUCCCCGCUUACAGAGAUGGUUGGUGACAUAAUCUGAAUUCCUUUGUCUGAAAAAAGUGGCACGGUCGCAAAAAGGAGCUCGAGAUCGUGAUAAGCGCACGGACAAGGGGGGGUGGAGGGCUGCGUAAGCCUGCGGUCGCGAGGCGAAGAGCGGUGGAGAGGCGAGCCGAGGUGGACCUGGUGACGGAGCCUGGGGCUCCCCCUGGCCGGCUGAAGGAGCUUCACUCGCCUUGCAAGGAUGGGCUCCCCUGCGGUGACACCUGAAGAACCUGCACUGUUGAGCUCAGGCAGCAGGGUAGCAUUUAUGCAUUCAUGGAGUUCUUACAUUGAUGUUGAUGAUGUCUUGCUUUAGUUGGCCUCUGUGGAUGAUGACCAGUCAAGUGAUGGUGUCUGUAACAGGCUGUGAGCUCUUGUGUUGUGUAGGCUGGUUACAUUAUUUUUUUGGCCCCUCUAUGAACUUGUGUGUUUUCUUUGCCAUGA